GACGCCUCUGAGCUCAGUUGAUCAAAUCUUCAGCUGCUCAUCACAUACCUAAGAUGAGUGGAUAUUUUGUUGGAAUACUUGUACUUAUGAAAUACUGCAUUUGCGGUGACGUGGUGAACUUUGAUGGAGACAUUAAGGACUUUGUAGUCGCUAACAGUAAGUUAUUUGUUCUUACUGAACAUCGACUGCAUCAGAUGAGACACGAUCUAUACGAGGAGAAGAGCAAAGACAUCACUGACGUCCCUCAGAAUAACAGAGUCAACAUUCUGGUGCCUUUUGAUGAGAACCGCACCCUGAUAACGUGUGGGACUUUUAAAGAGGGACAUUGUGAAGUUCUUGAUAUAAAUGACAUUACGAACAGUAUUUACAAUGAAAACGGUGUACUGCUAAAGUCACAACAGAAGAAAAUUGUUGCCUUCAUAGCCGGUAGAUUCCUUUUGGUUGGAAAAAAAGAAGACAAAGCAAAAGACAGGUAUUCUGUUGUUAGUUUGGUGAACACUUUACAGACUCAGUCAGGUGGGAUUUUCUCAAUAUCAGCAGAUGGAUCAGACGCCAUCAUUCAGAGCACAGUGAGAGAUGUGGAGUUUGUUGAUGGAUUUCAGAGAGUUUCUUCCUCAGAAUCCUAUUUGUUUCUCAACGCAGAGACUGACUCUGAGAGGAAAGUGAUUGUCUUGUGGAUGAACAGCUCUGAAGUAAAAAAGAUAGACAUAAUCAAAUCUCUCCGGUCUUCAACGAUACGAUGCUGCAGUGAUAAAACUCGUCCAGUGCUCGUCGCCUCCACCGUUAUUCCCUCAGAGACUGAUGUUAUUUGGGCAGGUGUGUUCAGUUCACAGGAUCAGCAGGAUCCGGAGAACAGCGCUCUGGCUCUGUACGACAUCAGUAAAGUUCAAGGCAGAGUGAAGGGCUUCUGUGCUAAUGGUGAAAAACCUUGUGGAUCUGAGAGUGGCAGUGAACUUCAUCCUCUCUCUGUGGUGUUUAAGUACAGCUCAAUGUCAGCAGUGACAGCAAUGAGAGCUGGAUCCUGGACUGUGCUGUUCAUAGGAACCAGUGAUGGACAACUCAUCAGGCUUGUUUUAGAUGAGAGAUUCACGCCAGGCUGUCCAACAGUGCUGUUCAAAUCUGAUGAUGAACGAGCAGUGCUUCCCAGAAUGCACCUUGAUCCAGUAGAUUUCAAACAUGUCUACAUCGCUCUGAGGGAACAGUUAAGAAGAGUGUCUAUCAUUCAGUGUUAUAAACACAUCACUCUGAAAGACUGCAGAGCUGCUCUGGAUCCUCUCUGCGGCUGGUGUCUGAACAAACACAGAUGUUCCGCUCAAGAUGAAUGCUCAAAUACUUCUUGGGUUUCCAUCUCAAAAAACUCUCUUCAGACAAAGCUGUUUCUUUUUCAGAUGUCAGAGAAUUCUUCUAGAAAGAUUACUCUGCAUCUUUCCUUGAGUCUGGAGAGCGCAGGAGACCCUACUCUCUCGUGCUCCUUCACUAAAGAGAGUGUAAGCCUGUGUGAUGGGUCUGAUCUAUCUGCAAGUUUCCCAAACUGCUCUUGUAGUUUUUCUGACCAGAAACUCUAUUCUGGAGGUUUAAAGGUCUCUGCUUCAGUUACUAUCGAGGAUCAGAAGAUCACAGAGACGCUGACGCUGAGAAACUGCUCCAGCAUCACAGAUCAUUCGCCAAAUGUUUCUUAUACACAGUGUGUUCAGUGUGUCUCAUCUGGGUGUCUCUGGUCCUCUUCCUCUCAGCGUUGUGAUUGGACACACGGACCUGGAGCACAGUUAAACAUACAGGAUGCCUGUAAACAUCUACUCUCUGAGAUGAAGCCGGAGAUUCUCUCGCUGGAGCCGAAAAAGGCUUCUUUACAUGGAAGAAACAAUGUCUUAUUAAGAGGAAGAAAUCUGGGAUCUGUUACUAAAAUCCGUAUUCAAGGGGAUCUAGAGUGCAUUCCUAAAGAAUCUCCGGUGUUUGAUCGCUCCAGUGAUACUUUAAGGUUCCACAUUCCUCCCAGUGGAACUAAAGGAACAGUGAAAGUGUGUGUUGUUACUCCUGACGACCGUUGUCAUGGUAACAGCAUCAUCACUUACACUUCUCAGCCCAGCUGCACUGGAAUACAGCCCCCGGUCAGCUGGAGCAGUGGUGGAAGGAAGGUUCAUGUUCAGGGCAGCAAUCUGGAAUUAGUGGAGUCGGUUACUGUCCUUCCCUUUAAUAAAGUGCUGAAAACACAGUACAGCACAAGCUCAGGGGACGUGUGGUUUCACUCUCACCCUUAUGAUGGCGAGGGUCAGAUUAGACUGCUGUUAAAUGUUCAGAACUCAGCUGUGGACUGUGUGGGUUAUUUCUCCUACAAGCCGGAUCCAAAAUUCACUGAAUUUACCACCUCACAGAUAGCCAACCAUCUACAGGUGAAAAUUCAGAAAAGGACAGAUGAGCUGAAUUUGAGUAUGGCCGAGGUGACUGUGACGGGUCUACAGGGAGAUCAGCAGUAUCAGUGUGUUCUGGAGAAGAUUGAGUCCAAUGCUGUUAUCUGUAAGAUUAAAGGAGAAUCAGGAGCCGUCCCAACACUGGACUCACUCACUAUCACGAUUGGGAAUUAUGUUCUAGGGAUGAGUAGUACAAAGCAUCAGUUCUGCCUCAGUCCACAGAAUAUAGCCGCUCAUGUAUGGAGCAGCAAUGGAAACAUAAACGAUUCUCAGCAUCUUCCAGAAAAAAAAGACAGACUGUAAAACUAUUGUUUUCUAUUCCAUAGAGAGGUGUAAAAAAGUUUAGGUCUUUAUGCAAUCAUAUAUUUGGGCACAUUUAUAGCAGUUCAGCUUUAAUCAACACAAUAUGUUUUAUGUUAUGUUCUCUAACUAUUGUCAAAGAUUUGGGUUGUAAUUUUUCUCACUGUACACCUAAACAAUUGUAUUUUGCUGAACUGUUCAGUAUUUAGUGUUAUUGCAGUAUGUUUGUAAAACGUGAAGAAAUUUUAAUAGUGUAUUAAAUGCAAAAUAACCCAAGGGUCCUAUAUAAAUAUUCUUUAUGCAACAUAAAAUAUUCUUUAUAGUAUUUAUUCUUCUGAUUUUGGUGUAAAAUAUGACCCUGGUAUGUUUGUUUUAUGAGAUUCACCCUACACCUACAGUUUUCAUAACAGAUAAAACAUCAUAGCACUGACUAAAGAGACCACAGGAAGUACAAACUAUUUACAGGUCUCUGUCUUUCUCUACU